UGCUUUCCAAUUUGCCUUUCUCUCCAGAUCUUCAAAAUCCCAUCAGUGUCUCUGACAUCCCAAUCCCACAUUCCCAUGGAAACUCCUUCCCAUUCCCCAACUCCGGUGACGUCACGGCGUCCUAGCAGCUGCGUAAAGAAUAAAAGAAAGUUUAUUGCUAGGGCAUUUAAAAAGAAACUCGAAAAUAGAAGUUUACAGUUUAACUUUUAGCAGGGUGGGGAAAACAAAGGUGGUGAGAAAAAUAAAUAGCCGGCUAUGAGAAGGUACAGAGGGGCAGGAGGCUGGAAUAAUAAUAAGACACUAUUUGCAGGUUAAGAUUGGCUGAGGGCUGGUUUCACUCGGUGUUUUUUCUGGGAAAGCCGGGUGAAUUGUUUGUUCAUUUAUUUCCCCCCUCUCUGCCUGCCUGUGCAGUGAUUUAGUGUUUCUGAAUUGUGCGAGGCGUGUAGCUGCCAGGACCUUUGCAGAGCUGAGUUGCCGGAGGGAGAUAUGGAGCCGCGGAAAAUCGAGUGGGUCGGGCCUCCGUGCGGUUCCCACGGACCGUACACCUUCUACCGGGCUUUCAGCGUGGCCGAGGCGGCCUCCCCAGGCGGCGGGAAGCCGCUCAGCGCCAGGCUCGGCCAGUUCCUCUUUGUCCGCUGCCAGCCGCAUGAGCCCGAGUGUAUCGCCGAGCUCCAGCUGCUGUGGGAGGACCGCGGGCGCCAGCAACUGCUCGCCAGCACCAGGCUCUACUUCAGCCCCGAGGAUACCCCGCAGGGCCGGAGCCUUCACCACGGCCAGGAUGAGGUCAUUGCAGCUUCGAAAAGGAUAAUUAUCCGUCUACAAGAUUUGGUGAAAUGGGUGUGCACUGAGAGUUCACAAUGGACCACAGAUACUGAGGAAGAGAAAUCCAGCAUUAUUGAUUUGCAUUGCAGUGACUGCAAGGAGGACCCCGAGCUGAACAUCACAUCACCUUCACGCUGCUGCCCCACCUCAAACAGUGUGGAAAAUGAAUUUGAAAGUUCAGGGUUUAAAGAUGAUCGACCACGAGUGAAAAUACUAAGCUACCCCCAGUACUGUCGCUAUCGAGCCAUCCGGAAGAGAAUUCAGAAAGCAUCUGCUGACUGUGUCAGUGAAGCUCAGCUACUGGCUCUUGGAGGAAUUCUUCUGGUUAACCAAAACACCAAGAUUCUUUACUGCCGGGAAACAUUUGAACACCCAACGCUGGGGGAUAACAAAUCCAUAUGUGAUGAGUUUGCACCUCGUGUUUUGACACGUACUUCAGCUGGGAGAGUGGUCCGGACAAGGUUACAAAUCACUGCACAGCCGCGAUCACUGACCUUACUACAUCUUCAUUUGGCAGGAGCAGCCCAUAUCAAAGGACGAUCUCGAAUAAAGAAGAAAUCGACAUGCAGAAAGAGUGACGAGAGCUUGUCACGGGAGAACCAAUGGCCCAGCCAAUUGGAUGUCAAGGAAGAAAAGAACAAAGUUGGAUCAGAAACGAUGGCAGCUGCAAGUGCACAAGCAGAUCAGCCAGCUGAUCAAAAUGACCUCCUUUCUGCAGAGCAAUGCUUCCUGAAGGCUCUGCAUAAUUUCAUGUGUGAUCGCAACACUCCCAUCGCCAGAAUACCUCACCUGGGCUUCAAGAAAAUUGAUCUGUUCAUAAUGUUCACUGUUACACAACGGCUUGGAGGAUAUGAGGCAGUAACUGCCCGUCGGUUGUGGAAACAUAUCUAUGAUGAGCUGGGUGGUAACCCAGGGAGCACUAGUGCUGCCACUUGUACCAGGAGACAUUACGAGAGGCUGAUCCUACCGUAUGAACGCUACCUCAGAGGGGAGGAACACAAGCCGCUGCCGCCAGCCAAGCCACGUAAGCACACUACAAGCACAUCAGAGGACUCUGAGAAAGAUGUCAAAACUAAAAAUGGGGAGCCGAACUUGAAAGUGAAAAAGAUUUCGGAAUCGACUCAAUUAUCAGAGAAAGAGGGUCAUCUCUCAAGUGCUGGGAGAUGCCAAGACAAAAGCCAAAGGACUGUCACAGCUCAGCACACAGGUACUCCGGGUAACCCCCAAGACAAGAGGAUACAAACUCUAAAAUGUAAAAACCAAGAUGACGGUGCAUCAAUAACAGGAGAAUAUUCCAGAAGCAAGGCCUUCUCUCUUACAGAUUUAGGAAAAGGUGAGAAGUCUGAGACUGAAGUGCAUCAAACACAUGAGCAAAAAUUAAAAAGGCAGAGAUAUAGUGAGUGCCCAAGUGUGGGGAAAAACCAGAGAUCUCAGCUGCAACCUCAGGACCUGUCGAGUGGCUCCAGUGUUAAAGAAAGUCUGCACAUUGCCACCGAAGGAGCAAAGUCCAUCUUGCCAUCUGCAAUGUUCCAGCACCUUCACUCGGGGAUACUGAACUUUCAGUUACCUGAAGGCAUGUCGCCUCUUGAUGUUCUUAAAAGCAGGUUGGGCUUGACCACAUCGAAAGUUGGAUGCAGACCAACUUUUCCCAGGACACCCAAGGUGGACCAAUCAAAGAACAUCAAACUAGAUAGCAAAAUGUACAACAAAACCUUGGGAGAAGGUGAAACACAGAAUGUUACUCGGCUUAAUCAAGAAGACUCUAAAUGUGUUUCUCAACCAGCAAAGAAAACUUGCAUUGGACAAAUGAAUGGAAUUCAACUGGUGAAAGGAAACCGGUCUCCUGUAACCCUGUUAAGUAACUCGAAUUCUGCCAAACAUGCUGCAGAUUCUAGGGAAGAACGUAAAGUAAACCCAAGGCCAGGAGCGUUUGAGAGGCUACAUGUGAAUAAUGACAGUGGAGAUUCACAAAGUCGCCUGAUGAAGGAGGGUUUAGUUGAGGAGGGAUUGAAUUUAAGCAAGUGCAUGGGUAGCAGCUAUGUGAGUGAUCGUAAAAAACAACUGUCUGAAAUAUCACCUCAAAAUUUAUCCAAUAAACAGUCACUGCUACAGAUUGAGACUUCAAUGCAAUAUAGGGAACAGUCCUCUCCAUUAAAUCUCAGCAAGUCAAAUAGGAAUUCUCCAGGAAAGAGAACUGCAGAUCUAAUGCAUGCACCGGUCUGUUUAUCACACAAGGGUGUCCCUCAUUAUCUGCUCUGUCAAUCUUUACAAAAUCAUUGUGAGAACAGGGAAAAGCAUAACAACAGUGAACGACUGGCUAAGAAGCUGAGACUGGAUUCUUAUUGCACAAGGAUGGGUGAGCAGGGAAGAGAAUCUGUUCAUUCGGAUCAUAGCUCUGGUGUUGAGUCACUAAGUCCCUCGUCCCGAAGCCUCAGUUCUCGAGUUGUGUCAGAAGAUCUCCCUACAGAUUUGAGUCUACCAAAAUAUCCUAAAACCCAGAAGCCAGAAUGCACUUCGACCAAUUCUGAGACGCCUCAAGAUAAAACAAAAUUGAGUUCCGAGGCCAUAAGUAAGCGUCCUACAAAUCUGUCCCAGUUAUCUUCCCUCCCCCCUGCUGUUUCAGAAACAGUGACUAGAGCAGACAGCAGCCAAAGGUCUCGAGCACAAAGUGGGCCUCGUGUUCCACUUGGAACAUCCUUGAUCAAGGAUGGAAUAAAGAGCUGUAAGGAGGAGCUUCCCAAAGGCUCCACUAACAGGCCAUUCUCAUCAAGUAACAUGGUGUCAGCCAAGCAAAGCCAACUUGCACAUCAUCCAGAGGAAUCGGGAAAAGAAGCGGAAGAGACAUCCGGAAAUGAGGUAUUCACCUCUCAUGUUGACCAAUGUCAACCAGAAGAAAAGCCUGAAGGGGACCAAGAAUCCAAUCUGUCCAGUCGUCGGGCCGUCUCCUCACGGAGUCAAACAGACAAUAAGAAAGGCACACCAAGCCCUUAUCUCCUUGGAGGCUAUCACCCAGAACUUCACCAUAUGGCAGAGAAGUUUGGAGCACGUUUUCAGCUGGUUGACUUGAAUAAAAAUUCUGCAAAGACACGCAAGUCUGAUCCAGUUAUUGUGCCUGCAUUAACUCCUGGCCAUCCUGUUUCAUCUGCGAUGGUUCCUGGUUCUGUGCCGCAUCAACUUCUUGCUUCCCAUUCCCAGCAAAUGUAUAACCACCUCCUGCGAACUUCAGUGCUGCCUAACCUGCCUUACGAUGAGGUAGUAAUGCACAGACUAUCUGCCAGCCCAUCAACAUUCUCUCCCUCCCACCUUUCUACAGUUUACUCUGAGAAACGACUGUAAAUGGCUUUUUGAGGAGGGUUCUCUCUCAGAUUUACAAAAGCCAAAGUUCAGCUCGACAAAUGCAAGGUUGCACCAGCAGUCUUUUUUUUUUUUUUUUUUUGCCUUUUGUUUCAGGAAGUCUAUAUGUUGUUAAAAUUACUUUGCCCCCAGCCAAACUGUCUCAAUCCCCCUAAACUAUGCAUCGACUAUGACCUAGAGGGAGAAUCUCAAAUUAUCUCUAGAUCCUGGUCAGUGUUAACUCUGGGCAACUUGCAGGGAUCUCCAGGAGAACAGUCUAAUGGCAUUGAUGUGUCUGAUUUUACUUUUCUCUCCACUCACCAUAUGAAGACGGAUGGGGAGAAAUUAGACCACUCAUUUUCAUCUCCUUGCGGUGACAUCGUUGAGAGGAACUGCAUUCAGUAAAUCAAGUGAAACCGAAAGAAUGGAUGCUGUAAAUCAGAAACAAAGCAGAAGUUGCUGGAAAAGCUCAGCAGGUCUGGCAGCAUCUGUGAAGAGAAAGUUUUUCGGGUCAAGUGACACUUUCUCAGAAGUUAGCUCCCCAGUUCUGAUGGAGCGAAACAUUAACUCUGAUUUCUCUCCAUAGAUGCUGCCAGAGCUGCUGAACUUUUCCAGCAAUUUCUGCUUUUGUUUCAGUAUAUCAAGGCCCAGUUAUAUUGUAGCUUGUCGGAGAUGAAGGGACAGGUGGUUACUCCAGCAACGAUUUCUGUCUUCUAUUUUCCUUUAUCAGGAAGGCAGUUGGAGUUCUCUUUGAGCAGGGAAGUGCUUCCUUUAAGACAGAAACUGACAUUCCGAAAUGAAACGAUGCUCCUAUUUUUAAUACACGUGCAAAAUCUCUCUCCAAGAAAAAUGCGGGUUGUGCUCAGGGAGCGUUUUGUAUAAUAAACUGCUGAUACUGCUUGAUCCAUUAGAAUUCUAAAUGGUAGCUUAACUUUAACUUCUACCUGUCACGGUCUUUAACACUAGAGGGGAGUGCAAAAGGCUCAUGUGUCGAUGCUCCAGUUGAGGACUUAACAAUGGACAAAUCUUCAGAAAGAUACUGUGAAGUAACAAAAUUAUAGUCCCAGGUGCUGCUUGAGGUUUUGAGAGAACAGGAGGCCCCCUCCAACGCUCAAGAUCAGCAGAAAUCAUUUCCCACAUGUAGGCUGGUCUCCUACCCUUUUGCUUGCCCUUAUUCUUCCAACUUAAACAAUAACUUGGGAUGUGAGCUAUUUGUUUAGUUGGGACAUCUGUUAUUGCACACAUUUAACUACUAAAUACUGUGGAACUCGGAGGAGGUCAGCUCCAAUUUGCCAAAGAAGAAAACUUGACCCUAACCAGAAACUGAUUGUAUCAGGGAUACUCCGACUCUGUACGUCCUUUCCUCAUCUAGUUUCUUCUGCAUAAUGAUUGUACAUGUGUAAACACAUAUGAGUGUUUUUUAAUGAAAACAUUCCUUUUAUGUUAGCUUGCCUGAGCUAUUUUCAAAGCUUUUACUGUUUAAAUGUGCUUGUCAUUUUGAAAGUUACACUUUUUGUUUCCAGAAUGUAUCUGUAGAUCAUAAUGUUGUAUCACUCUGUAAUGUAUGAGACAAGUCCAUAGUAUUUACAAGAUACUAUUUCUGUUAGUAAUAAGACCUCGGGACUUGACUUACAAGACAGAGAGAGCACUUGGUCAGUUGGGAGGACUAUAACAGACUGCAGUGCGGAGUCUUGUCACUUGUGUAACAUUUUCACACAGAAGUGAUGAGAUUGCACCCUUUGAGACUAGAUAAAACUAUAAUAACUCAACGUAUAUUUAAUGAAUGUUGAAGCACUGGACGUUGUCUCCCUCAUUCUUAAUUGGCCUUGUGCAAUUUCUGUUUUAACAUUAAUUUUUGUUCUUAAGCCAAUGCAGCCACUUUAAGUAACUGAAUUUAAACUGUAAUCUCUAACUGUUUGCAUUUCUAGAUUUCUAUAUCAACCAGUUCCUGUAAACUCUGGCAAUGGAGAUAUUAAUAAUUCCCUCAGGUACUUGCAUCUCAUUGCACCUAUUUAAAUGGUUACAACAAAGCAGUUCAUCUUCAUCUCCAUUUUUCAGGAGAUCCAACUUGCCUGGCAUUGAGGUACCUAAAUUGUACCUUGAGAACUAUGCUUCCAGAUGGUUAUGGUGACUUCAAGAGGAUAGCAGCAGAAUUCUGCAAAGCAGUUGUCUUGUUUGACUAAACAUAUUUUAAUUUACCUUCAGCUCAGUGGGUAAACAGCUGAUUGUGGAGCUGUGUAAAUGUACUGUAACAUGAUUUUUAAGUUUGACUUUUUUCAGACCAGCAAAACAAAUGCACUCUUGGAGACUUUGGAAAGAGGCAAAAAAAAUAUAAUUGUCAAAAGGGCCAGUUCACCUGUGUCUGUGUCCAGUUCAAUUACUGUAUGUUUAGCUGAAAAUAGCCAGCUAUACUGUGUGAAUCUUGUUUGACUAUCCUCUGAUUACUUAAAGAUUUGAGGGAUCAAAGCUAAUAAAAUAUAGACUGUUAUGUUCAUAUAUACAAAUGACACUAGAUCUCUUCUGCAGGAAGUUAGCCCUCUCAGAUCACAUUAAUCUUCUGGCUUCCUUUGCCAGAAUUUCUGUAUACUAUACACUUGAAAUCUUUCAAAGGUACAGCAUUAUGAACACUAAGAAUUCAUGAGAUGCAUUACCCAGUUAUAGACUUGAGUUAAGAUUCUGAAAGAAAAACCAUCUUGAAAUGGUCACUAACAUUUUCAUAUUUAUUUUGCAAUAACUUCAUUCAGUUUUUUAAAAAUUAACUUUAUACUUUUGAGUGGUUAACGUUUUUUCCUCCCUGAUUUUAGAAAUAAUUUUCUGUUGAAUAAAUACUGAUUUUGCUCUUGCGUUGAAUUAGUUUUAUAGAAUUUGGUUUUAAAAAGCUGCCAAGUUUUAAUUUGUUACUGUCAUUGUGGUGAUCAAACCACCAUCCCCCCUCACAAAAACCUCUGCCUAUCCUCCUUUUCAAUCCAUUCAGAGAUGAAAAUAACACAAAAGAGGUCCAGAUACAGAUCUUUGCAGGAUAAUGAGUUCAGCAACAGAGUCCUGAUUAAUGGGAUGAACUGUUUUGACCAAGUACAGCUUGAAAAGCUUAUUCCUAAUGUUACCAGCACCACCGGUGUAGUUGACCUCGCUGACUGAUGGGUUUGAUGUUCCAAACUUUAAGCCUUUUCCCUGUAGUUGUUCACAUUUUAAAUCAUUUUAACCAAAAUCCCUUUAUUGUUUUGGGGUGCCUUUGGGUUGAAGAAGGGAUUAUCGUAGAACCUUCAGGAACAGAUAUAGAUCAGGAAUUGACAAAGUCGAGCUAGCACCUUGUGUCUUUUCAACUUCCUGUAUCACACAUUAUGCACUGAGCUGUUAAUAAGUUGUAAAAAUGCCCCUUUGUGAAAGGCAACAAAGAACAAUCUGAAAAUGGCCUCAAACUUAAUUUCUAAAUCUGUCCUAUUCCCAAAUGAAAUGAACCUUUGUCAUUUUGAAAGUUACCUUAGUUUUCAUGUUUUUCCCAAUAGCAUCUCCUGCAGAUAGAAUAGGCACAUUCUACAUAGUAUGGCACUUAUUCAGUCUUUGUUAAGCAGGGCAAGAUGUAUAAAUAUACAGUGCUUUUGUUGUGUUUGAUACAUAAAUCAAGCAUUGUAAACGACUGUUGCUUGAACAGCUUGUUGAGAGUACAGUUAGAUUAACUUUGAUUCUUAGUUUACUCAUUCUCUCUGUGUCUGCGUGGGUUUCCUCCCACAGUCAAAAGGUAUACAGUUUAGGUGGAUUGGCCAUGUUAAAUUGCCCACUGUGUCCAGGGAUGUGCAG